AUCGGACCAAGCCAAAAGAAGUACCCUUGUUUGAAUCAAACUUCUGGCUUAUAAAUUCAACUAAAGUCCCAGCAGAUAUAGCUUUACUAUCAUUGAGCUGAGAUAAUUGUUUCCAUCAUGUCAACCCCAUUCUUGGACCCAUCGGGCAAUUCCAUCUCAGAAGACCAACUCCUUGGAUAUGGCCGAUCUGGUGUUGUCAUCCUGAAAGACAACGCAGCGAUCAAAUUACCCUUACGGUACUUGUCUACCUCAGACGAUGAGGUGCUUGACAACAUUACCGUCAUUCAACGAGAGCAAAACGUGUACCAACACCUCGGCCAUUGUACCAGAGUCGUACCCUACAUCUCUUUCUCCGAGAAAACCACCCACCUUGCAUUCAUGGAAAAUGGAGAUCUGCGCUCCUAUUUAUCCCGCAACAAACAACCACCAUCCAAAUCUCUCCAACUAUCCUGGUUUCGACAAAUGGCCCUUGCGUUAUCCCACAUACACCACCGCUCCGUCAUUGUGGCAGAUAUUGCCUGUCGAAAUAUCCUGCUCGAUUCGGAUCUCUCGAUCAAGUUUUGCGAUUUUACUGAGGCCACUAUUAUGCCGCCUGAUAGCGAUCUGGAAACAGUUGAUGAUAAUGGAUACUCCAUACAAACUGACAUUGGUCAGUUGGGCAAAGUGAUCUACGAAGUUGUCACUGGAAAGAAAUGCUUGUUUGAUCUUCAUGAGAACAACAUAUCUCGAGCAACACUACCCCGGAGGGAAACUCUCCCCACCACCCACGACAUUUGGCUAGGACAUAUCAUCGAAAAGUGCUGGAUUCCAGGCACCUAUCGAAACGCUACCGACCUCUUGAAAGAACUAAAUACCAUCUCUUUAAACGACAUCAACAGCAACAGCAAGUAUCAACCACCCGAAUAAACUCUCCCACUCACUUCCCAAACAACAUAGCAUCCAGCGCCUCCGCCCUAGUCAACCGUCCCGUCCCAUCACACGGCCCCAUCUCAAACUUCGAACCAGCUGCCAAUUCCAGUACCCCAACAUCCACCCCCUCCCCUCUUCCCCCCG